AUGGGUAAAAUCUCCGGAAGCCACUGCCUCGUCCUGGGCUGUCGCAACCGGCAGCUGCUCAACCAAACCAACACACGCUCGUACUUCCGGUUCCCGCGGGAUGCCGACCUCUGCAAGAAGUGGGUCGACUUCUGCAAUCGACCGGAGCUAUACAAGAAGUACGACGAGAACGGACCCGAGUAUCUUUACAAGAGCUCCCGCAUCUGCUCGGAUCACUUCCAGCCUGCGGACUUUAACAACGCGAACCUCUUCAGCCAAGGGCUCAAGAAAGGCUCGAUACCUUCAGUGAAUCCGGCGAGCAAGGAAACCAAACCAAAUGGCUUCACGAGUAGUACCGGCGGUGGUGGAGUCGGUGGUGGUGGUGGUGGUGCCGGUAGUGGUAGCAGCAAUGGCGCCGAUUCACCCAUCGAUGAGAAGCUACUCUCAGCCGUGGCCGCAAUUCCCGUCAUCCAUCCCAAUCUGCUGCUCAUGAUGGCCGCAAAUCAGCUCGCGAAUCCAAGCAACCGUCAUAAACGCCCAUCAUCGGCGAUGAGCGGUAUGGCAGCGGCGGUAGCGAGUCUGGUUGCGGGACAAGCGGCCUCUGGUGGAGGGACAACAACGACAACAACACCGACAGCACCAACAACGCCCGUUUCGUCCUCGGGUGGUAGCAACAAACGGAACCGCGCCGUUCCACCACUGGCCGCUCCUACCGGAGCCCUUGCCAAUCUCAUCCAGCGGCAGCAACAGAUUAAGGAGCAACAACGGAAGGCGGCCGCCCUCGCUGCCAGUGGCCUCGUCAAUGGGCAGGUGUCCAUCACACCCGCUGUUGUAGGACCUGCGACGUCACCAACGGGCAGCAAUGGAAGCAGCAACGGUUGCGGACCGAUCUCGCUUGUGACGAAAAAAUCCUCCAACAACCAUCACAACAACAACAACAACAACAACAAUGUGAGCAAUCACAACCAUAAUCAUCACCACCAGCAGCAGCAGAGCGGAGGAGGCAAGAUACGGGCGCGGGACGGUUCCCACAGCGAGUAUGGCAUCAACGUGGUCGAUAUGGAUAUGACGGGAGGAGAAUCAUCCGAAGGUGAUUCAAGCUACCAAAACUCGGCGGACGAGGAUUUUGCGUACCACCAAAGGUUGAAAGUUGCGAAGGUAGAAGCUGUCAUACCGCCAUCCCUCAAAUCGCAGCUCACAGUCACGCCGGCACUGGGCGCAUCCAUCGUACCUUCGGUCGGCAUCACCACCAUCAACAACAACAGCAUUCACAACGUGAACGCGAACGGGACAGCGGGUGUAACCGAGCUGAACCUCGACUACAAGGAGAAGUACGAGCAGACGCUCAAGGAGCUGUUCGCCUGCCGAAGGAUCGUGAAAAACCAGAACAAGGCGAUCAAGCAGCAGCAGGGUGAGAUCGACUUCCUCAACCAAUUGCUGAAGGAGAAAUGA